CCCAUUGCAGAUUUGGAAUAUUCCUUGUCCCUCUGUCGAAAGCGCGCGAGUUCAGUGCGUAGUGGGCGUUGCGGAAUGGCGUCUCGUGGCAAAGCAGCUGGUGGGCGGAAGCGGAAGGCACCUCUUGGGCAAGUGGGUGAAGAAGCCCCAGAUGUGAAGAGCAAGAAGAAGGAGGAGGAUGAGCUGGAGAAAGAGCAGGGCCAAAGAAUUGUCAUUGAACACUGCAAAAGCUGACGAGUCUACAGCCGUCAUGCAGAGGGGCUAAGAGAAGCCCUGGAAGCAUCAAACCCUGAACUUAAGGUGCAGAUUAAUCCUGAGAAGCCCCGGCGCAACAGCUUUGAGGUCACUCUGUUUGGUGAAGGCAAAGAGGUUUGUCUUUGGUCAGGCAUAAAGAAAGGCCCCCCUCGCAAGCUGAAGUUCCCCGAUCCUGCAGUGGUGGUGUCUUCUCUACAGGAGGUGCUGAAAACCCACUAAGGUGUCCACAGUAGGUGUUCUUUGUGUUGUUCUGUUCCUCAUAGCCAGUCAUCUUUGGAGGUGCUUUGCUGGGUGCUUUAUGAUGAGGACUGACGAAUGGGAAGCUGCCCAGUUGUUCCUUUGAUGCUGCCGCCCCAUGCAUUGGACCUGGAUGAAUGGCAUCAGUGGCUCUACCUAAAAUUGCUUCUUUUUUCUAUUAUUAGUUCCUACAUGCCUGGUUGCUUGAAACAUUUUAAAAUGGCUUUUCUGGUGAAAUGGUGAUUUAACUUGUUCUUUUAUUCAAAGUAAAUAAAGGCAUUCUGUUUGUAGA